AUGGAGAAGGAGGAGGAGGCGACCCGGGAGCUGCUACUGCCUAACUGGCAGGGCAGCGGCUGCCACGGGCUGACCAUCGCCCAGAGGGACGACGGUGUCUUCGUACAGGAGGUGAUGCAGAACUCCCCUGCGGCCCGCACUGGGGUGGUCAAGGAGGGGGACCAGAUUGUGGGUGCCACUAUCUACUUUGACAACCUGCAGUCAGGCGAGGUGACCCAGCUGCUGAACACCAUGGGACACCACACCGUGGGCCUGAAGCUGCACCGCAAGGGGGACCUCUCCCCCGAGCCUGGCCAGACCUGGACCCACGGAACCUUCACCUCCCACAGCUCUGAAGUGCUUCUGAGCGGGGCUGAUGAGGAGUAUCAGCGCAUCUACAACACCAAGAUCAAGCCUCGGCUGAAGUCGGAGGAUGGAGUGGAAGGGGACCCUGGAGAGACCCAGAGCCGCACCAUCACGGUGACCAGAAGGGUCACAGCCUACACUGUGGACGUGACGAGCCGGGAAGGCGCCAAGGAUAUCGACAUCAGCAGCCCUGAGUUCAAGAUCAAGAUCCCUAGGCAUGAGCUGACUGAAAUCUCCCACAUGGACGUGGAGACCCAGCCUGGGAAGACAGUGAUCAGACUGCCCUCGGGCUCGGGGGCAGUGUCUCCAACCACAGGCUCUGCUUUAGACAUGCAAGCAGGGGCCAUUUCUGCUUUGGGACCAGAGCUCCAAGGUGCUGGCCACUCGAAGCUCCAGGUCACUGUGCCUGGGAUAAAGGUGGGAAGCCAGGGCGUCAAUGUCAGUCCCAAGGGCUUGGACUUGGGUGGCAAAGGAGGGGUCCAGGUUUCAGGAGUGGACGUUUCAUCUUCUGGGAGUGGGGCAGUCAAUGUUCAGGGCCCGUCCCUUGACAGGGGCGAUAACGGGAAAAUUAAAAUUCCCACCAUGAAGAUGCCCAAGUUUGGGGUCUCAACAGGGCCCGAGGGCCAGGCACCAGAGGUGGGGCCGAGUGUUUCUGCACCUGAGUUCUCCGUGGGGCACAAGGACAGCAAGCCAGGUUUGAUCGUCGGCGGGAGCAUCCAGGCCCCCCAGCUAGAAGUCAGUGCUCCUUCCGUCAAUGUUGAGGGCCUUAAAGGGAAGCUGAAGGGCUCUCAAAUCACUGGGCCAUCCCUUGAGGGUGAGCUAGGCCUGAAGGGUACCAAGCCACAGAGGAGCAUAGGGGUGGACAUCUCUGCUCCCAAAGUUGAGGGCAGCAUCACUGGUCCCAGUGUGGAAGUUCAAGCCCCUGAUGUUAACAUUCAUGGGGCUGGAGGCAAACUGAAUAUGCCCAAGAUGAAAGUCCCUGCAUUUUCUGUGUCGGGUUCUAAGGGAGAAGGAGCUGGCAUUGAGGUGACACUGCCCACAGGUGAAGUGACCCUUCCUGGGGUCUCUGGGGACGUCAGCUUGCCUGGGGUUGCUCCUGGUGGUCUGGAAGGGAAGGUGAAGGGUGCUAAAGUCAAGACUCCUGAAAUGAUUAUUCAGAAGCCUAAAAUCUCCAUGCAGGAUGUGGAUCUGAGCCUUAGGUCUCCUAAACUGAAAGGAGAUUUUAAGGUUUCUGUUCCUGGAAUACAGGGUGAUGUUAAAGGCCCUCAAGUGGACAUAGAAGCACCCAGCCUAGAGGAGACAAUCACAGGUCCCACGCUUAGUAGUCCUUCUGGGAAAACAGGGACAUGCAAGAUCUCUAUGGCUGAUGUAGACUUAAACGUGGCUGCCCCUAAAGUGAAAGGGGGCAUGGAUGUUACUCUCCCAAAAGUAGAAGGGAAAGUUAAAGUCCCUGAAGUUGAUGUCAAAGGCCCUAAAGUAGAUGUCAGUGCCCCAGAUGUGGAAGUUCAUGGCCCAGAGUGGAACCUGAAAAUGCCCAAGAUGAAAAUGCCCAAGUUCAGUACUCCAGGAGUCAAAGGAGAAGGCCCAGAAUUAGACGUGAGUCUACCAGAAGGAGAUGUCAGUAUUUCAGGGCCCAAGGUCAACGUGGAAGCCCCAAAUGUGAACAUUGAGGGUCUUGGGGGCAAACUUAAAGGCCCUGAUAUUAAGCUGCCUGAAAUAAGUGUCAAGACACCAAAGAUCUCCAUGCCUGAUGUAGAUUUGCAUGUCAAAGGUACAAAGGUGAAGGGAGAGUAUGAUGUUACAGUGCCAAAGCUUGAAGGGGAAUUGAAAGGUCCCAAAGUGGACAUUGAUGUCCCAGAUGUGGAUGUUCAUGGCCCAGACUGGCAUCUGAAGAUGCCCAAGAUGAAAAUGCCCAAAUUCAGUGUGCCAGGAUUCAAAGCAGAGGGCCCAGAGGUGGGUGUGAACCUGCCAAAGACCAAUGUGGACAUUUCUGGGCCCAAGGUAGACGUUGGUGCUCCAGAUGUGAGCCUUGAGGGACCAGAAGGGAAAUUAAAAGGGCCCAAGUUUAAGAUGCCUGAUGUGGACUUACGUUUGAAAGGCCCUAAAGUAAAAGGAGAGUAUGAUGUUACAGUGCCAAAGGUUGAAGGUGAGAUUAAAGUUCCUGACGUUGAACUUAAGAGUGCCAAAGUGGAUAUCGGUGUUCCAGAUGUGAAUGUUCAAGGCCCAGACUGGCACCUGAAGAUGCCCAAAAUGAAAAUGCCCAAGGCUGACAUUGAUGUUUCAGCUCCCAAGGUGGAUGUUGAAGUUCCAGAUGUGACUAUUGAAGGACCCGAAGGGAAGCUGAAGGGUCCCAAGUUCAAGACCCCCAAGAUCUCCAUGCCAGAUGUGGAUUUGCAUAUGAAAGGUCCCAAGGUAAAGGGAGAAUAUGACGUUACAGUGCCAAAGCUAGAAGGGGAGCUGAAAGAGCCAAACAUAGACAUCACUGCCCCAGAUGUUGAAAUUCAUGGUCCUGAUUGGAACCUGAAGAUGCCCAAGAUGAAAAUGCCCAAAUUCACUAUGCCUAGCCUCAAAGGAGAGGGUCCAGAAGUGGAUGUGAACCUGCCCAAAGCUGAUAUGAACAUUUCUGGGCCCAAGAUAGAUCUUAGUGCUCCAGAUGUGAGCUUUGAAGGCCCAGAAGGGAAAUUGAAAGGCCCCAAGUUUAAGAUGCCUGAGAUGCACUUUAAAGCUCCUAAGAUGUCUCUUCCAGAUGUUGACCUGGAUCUUAAAGGACCCAAAAUGAAAGGAAAUCUAGAUAUGUCUGCACCAAAAGUAGAAGGUGAGAUGAAAGUUCCAGAUAUGGAUAUCAAAGGCCCCAAGCUAGACAUCAAAGCACCAGAUGUAGAUGUGCAGGGUCCCGAUUGGAGCUUGAAGAUGCCCAAGAUGAAAAUGCCCAAGUUCAGCAUGCCUAGUUUCAAAGCAGAGGGCCCAGAACUGGAUGUGAACCUGCCCAAGGCUGACGUUGACAUCUCUGGACCCAAGGUUGACGUUGAAGCCCCAGAUGUGAGCCUUGAGGGACCAGAAGGGAAGCUGAAAGGUCCCAAGUUUAAGAUGCCUGAGAUGCACUUCAAGGGCCCCAAGAUCUCCAUGCCUGAUGUGGACUUAAACUUGAAAGGCCCCAAAGUCAAAGGGGAUGUGGAUGUGUCUGUGCCCAAGGUAGAAGGUGAAAUGAAAGUGCCAGAUGUGGACAUCAAAGGGCCCAAAGUGGACAUCAGUGCCCCAGAUGUGGAUGUUCAUGGCCCAGACUGGCACCUGAAGUUGAAAGGCCCCAAAGUCAAAGGGGAUGUGGAUGUGUCUGUGCCCAAGAUAGAAGGUGAAAUGAAAGUGCCAGAUGUGGACAUCAAAGGGCCCAAAGUGGACAUUGAUGUCCCAGAUGUGGAUGUUCAUGGCCCAGACUGGCACCUGAAGAUGCCCAAGAUGAAAAUGCCCAAGUUCAGCAUGCCUGGCUUCAAAGCAGAGGGCCCAGAAGUGGAUGUAAACUUGCCUAAGGCAGAUGUUGACAUUUCAGUCCCCAAGGUGGACAUUGAUACUCCAGAUGUGAACAUUGAGGGUCCUGAAGGAAAACUAAAAGGCCCCAAGUUCAAGAUGCCUGAAAUGCACUUCCACGCUCCUAAGAUCUCCAUGCCUGACAUUGAUUUCAACUUAAAGGGACCUAAAAUAAAGGGAGAUGUUGAUGUUUCUGCCCCAAAGCUAGAAGGAGAGUUAAAGGGCCCAGAAUUGGAUGUCAAGGGCCCCAAAUUGGAUGUUGAUAUGCCAGACGCAGCUGUGGAAGGCCCACAUGGCAAAUGGAAAAGUCCCAAGUUUAAGAUGCCAGACAUGCACUUUAAAGCUCCCAAAAUCUCCAUGCCAGACAUUGAUCUACACUUAAAAAGCCCCAAAAUAAAGGGAGAAGUGGACAUGGAUGUUCCUAAAUUGGAAGGAGACUUCAAAGGGCCGCAUGCAGAUAUCAGUGGGCCAGACAUCAACAUUGAAGGACCCGAGGGCAAAUUGAAAGGCCCCAAAUUCAAGAUGCCUGACAUGCAUUUCAAAGCCCCCAGUAUAUCAAUGCCUGAUGUGGACCUAAAUCUGAAAGGACCCAAAAUCAAGGGGGAUGUAGAUGUAUCUGUGCCUGAGGUAGAAGGUAAAAUUAAAGUGCCAGAUGUGAACAUCAAGGGCCCCAAAGUGGACAUAAAUGCUCCUGAUGUUCAAGGUCCAGACUGGCACCUGAAGAUGCCCAAGAUGAAAAUGCCCAAGUUCAGCAUGCCCGGCUUCAAAGGAGAGGGCCCAGAAGUGGAUGUGAACUUGCCCAAGGCUGACAUCGAUGUUUCAGGACCCAAAGUGGACAUCGAUGUUCCCGAUGUGAAUAUCGAAGGUCCAGAUGCGAAACUGAAGGGGCCCAAGUUCAAGAUGCCCGAGAUGAACAUCAAAGCCCCCAAGAUCUCCAUGCCUGACAUUGAUCUGAAUCUGAAGGGCCCCAAAAUGAAGGGUGAUAUGCCCAAGUUCAGCAUGCCCGGCUUCAAAGGCGAGGGCCCAGAAGUGGAUGUGAACCUGCCCAAGGCUGACAUUGAUGUUUCAGGGCCCAAGGUAGACAUUGAAGGACCUGAUGUUAAUAUUGAAGGACCAGAGGGAAAGCUGAAAGGUCCCAAAUUCAAGAUGCCUGAGAUGAACAUCAAAGCCCCCAAGAUCUCCAUGCCUGACUUUGAUUUGCACCUGAAAGGUCCCAAGGUGAAGGGUGAUGUGGACGUUUCCUUACCUAAGGUGGAAGGUGACUUAAAGGGUCCGGAAGUUGACAUCAAAGGUCCCAAAGUGGAUGUUGAUGUCCCAGAUGUAGAUGCUCAUGGCCCAGACUGGCACCUGAAGAUGCCCAAGAUGAAAAUGCCCAAGUUUAGCAUGCCCGGCUUCAAAGGUGAGGGCCCAGAAGUGGAUGUGAACUUGCCCAAGGCUGACAUCGAUAUUUCUGGACCCAAAGUAGAUGUUGAAUGUCCUGAUGUGAAUAUUGAAGGACCUGAAGGGAAAUGGAAAAGUCCAAAAUUUAAGAUGCCUGAAAUGCAUUUUAAAACUCCAAAGAUAUCCUUGCCAGAUAUUGACCUUAAUCUAACUGGUCCCAAAAUAAAAGGAGAUGUGGAUGUUACAGUUCCCAAGGUAGAGGGAGAUCUGAAAGGCCCUGAAAUUGACCUGAAGGGCCCUAAAGUGGACAUUGAUGUUCCAGAUGUUGAUGUUCAUGGUCCAGACUGGCACCUGAAGAUGCCCAAGGUGAAAAUGCCCAAGUUCAGCAUGCCCGGCUUCAAAGGUGAGGGCCCAGAAGUGGAUGUGAGCCUGCCCAAGGCUGACGUUGACAUCUCAGGACCCAAGGUGGACAUCGAAGGACCUGAUGUUAACAUUGAAGGACCAGAGGGAAAACUGAAAGGAAAGUUGAAAGGUCCUAAGUUCAAGAUGCCUGAGAUGAACAUCAAAGCUCCCAAGAUAUCAAUGCCAGAUUUGGACCUUAAUCUUAAAGGCCCCAAAAUGAAAGGAGAGGUGGAUGUUUCACUUCCAAAUUUAGAAGGUGAUUUGAAGGGACCUUCUCUUGACUUAAAGGGCCCGAAGGUAGAUGUAGAUGCUCCAGAUAUUGACAUUCAUGGCCCAGAAGGCAAAUUAAAAGGUCCAAAACUGAAGAUGCCAGACAUGCAAGUCAACAUGCCCAAGAUCUCCAUGCCAGAAAUUGACCUGAAUUUGAAAGGCUCUAAGCUGAAGGGAGAUGUUGAUAUCUCUGGUCCCAAAUUAGAAGGUGAUAUUAAAGCUCCCAAAUUGGAUGUCAAAGUUCCAGAAGUGGACAUUUCUGGUCCUAAGCUCAACAUUGAAGGGAAAUCAAAGAAAUCUCGUUUUAAGCUUCCCAAAUUUAAUUUUUCAGGCUCCAAAGUUCAGACACCCGAAGUGGAUGUCAAAGUUAAAAAACCAGAUAUUGAUGUAACAGGCCCCAAAGUUGAUAUUAAUGCUCCUGAUGUUGAUAUACAAGGGAAAGUGAAAGGACCAAAAUUUAAAAUGCCUUUCCUGAGUAUUUCAUCUCCCAAAGUUUCUAUGCCUGAUGUGGAGUUAAAUCUGAAAGGUCCUAAAAUCAAAGGCGACUUAGAUGUUGCAGGUCCUAAUUUAGAAGGUGACUUUAAAGGUCCUAAAGUGGAUAUUAAAGCACCAGAAGUCCAUCUUGAUGCACCUGAUGUGGAUGUUCAUGGUCCAGACUGGAAUCUGAAAAUGCCUAAGAUGAAGAUGCCCAAGUUCAGUGUGCCUGGCUUAAACGCAGAAGGGCCAGAUGUGGCAGUAGACCUGCCAAAAGGAGAUAUACACAUAGAGGGUCCUAGUGCAAACAUUGAAGGCCCGGAAAUCAAUGUGGAAGGUCCAGAAGGAAGCUUAAAAGGUCCCAAGUUCAAGAUGCCUGACUUGAAUAUCAAAGCUCCUAAGAUCUCCAUGCCUGACAUUGACUUAAACCUGAAGGGACCCAAAGUAAAAGGUGAUGUGGAUGUUUCUCUGCCCAAAGUUGAAGGGGAUCUGAGAGGGCCUGACUUUGACAUCAAAGGCCCCAAAGUGGACAUUGAUGUCCCAGAUGUGGAUGCUCAUGGCCCAGACUGGCACCUGAAGAUGCCCAAGGUGAAAAUGCCCAAGUUCAGCAUGCCUGGUUUCAAAGGUGAAGGCCCAGAAGUGGAUGUGACCUUCCCUAAAGCUGAUGUUGACGUUUCAGGACCCAAAGUGGACAUUGAUGUUCCCGAUGUGAAUAUCGAAGGUCAAGAUGCAAAACUGAAGGGGCCCAAGUUCAAGAUGCCCGAGAUGAACAUCAAAGCCCCCAAGAUCUCCAUGCCUGACAUUGAUCUAAACCUGAAGGGACCCAAAAUGAAGGGUGAUGUGGAUGUGUCUUUGCCAAAAGUGGAAGGUGACCUAAAAGGCCCUGAAAUAGAUAUCAAGGGCCCCAAAUUGGACAUUGAUACUCCUGAUAUUAACAUUGAAGGCCCAGAAGGAAAAUUAAAGGGGCCCAAAUUUAAGAUGCCAGAAAUGCACCUAAAGGCCCCCAAAAUAUCAAUGCCAGACAUUGAUUUAAACCUGAAGGGUUCCAAGGUGAAAAGUGAUGUGGAUGUCUCACUUCCCAAGAUUGAAGGGGAUCUGAAAGGCCCUGAAGUUGACCUGAAAGGCCCCAAAGUGGACAUUGAUGUUCCGGACGUCGAUGUUCAUGGCCCAGACUGGCACUUGAAGAUGCCCAAGGUGAAAAUGCCCAAGUUCAGCAUGCCCGGCUUCAAAGGUGAGGGCCCAGAAGUGGAUGUGAACCUGCCCAAGGCUGACGUUGACAUCUCAGGACCCAAGGUGGACAUCGAAGGACCUGAUAUGAACAUCAAAGCCCCCAAGAUCUCCAUGCCUGACUUUGAUUUGCACCUGAAGGGCCCCAAGGUGAAGGGUGAUGUGGAUGUUUCCUUGCCUAAGGUGGAAGGUGACUUAAAGGCUCCUGAAAUUGACAUCAAAGGCCCCAAAGUGGAUGUUGAUGUCCCAGAUGUGGAUGUUCAAGGUCCAGACUGGCACUUGAAGAUGCCCAAGGUGAAAAUGCCCAAGUUCAGCAUGCCCGGUUUCAAAGGAGAAGGCCCAGAAGUGGAUGUGAACCUGUCCAAGGCUGACAUUGAUGUCUCGGGACCUAAAGUGGACAUCGAUGUUCCAGAUGUGAAUAUUGAAGGUCCAGAUGCGAAAUUGAAGGGCCCUAAGUUUAAAAUGCCUGACCUGCACUUCAAGACGCCCAAGAUCUCCAUGCCAGAAGUUGACUUGAAUUUGAAGGGUCCGAAGAUGAAGGGUGAUGUGGACCUACCCAAAGUGGAAGGUGAUCUAAAGGGCCCCGAAGUUGAUAUCAAGGGACCCAAAGUGGACAUUGAUGCCCCAGAUGUGGAUGUCCAUGGUCCAGACUGGCACUUGAAGAUGCCCAAGGUGAAAAUGCCCAAGUUCAGCAUGCCUGGCUUCAAAGUGAAGAUGCCCAAGGUGAAAAUGCCCAAGUUCAGCAUGCCUGGCUUCAAAGGUGAGGGCCCAGAAGUGGAUGUGAACCUGCCCAAGGCUGACAUCGAUGUUUCAGGACCCAAAGUGGACAUUGAUGUUCCCGAUGUGAAUAUUGAAGGUCCAGAUGCGAAAUUGAAGGGGCCCAAGUUCAAGAUGCCCGAGAUGAACAUCAAAGCCCCCAAGAUCUCCGUGCCUGACUUUGAUUUGCACCUGAAGGGCCCCAAAAUAAAGGGUGAUAUAGAUAUUUCUGUGCCUAAAGUGGAAGGUGACAUGAAGGGCCCUGAAAUUGAUAUCAAGGGCCCCAAGUUGGACAUUGACACUCCUGAUGUCAAUAUUGAAGGUCCUGAAGGGAAACUGAAGGGGCCCAAAUUUAAGAUGCCAGAGAUGCACAUCAAAGCCCCCAAGAUUUCCAUGCCUGACCUUGACUUAAAUCUGAAAGGGCCAAAGGUAAAGGGAGAUGUGGACCUUUCACUUCCCAAGGUGGAAGGUGAUCUGAAAGGACCAGAGGUGGAUAUUGAAGGUCCUGAAGGGAAAAUCAAAGGGCCAAAAUUUAAGAUGCCUGAUGUCCAUUUCAAAACUCCUCAAAUCUCCAUGAGUGACAUUGAUUUGAACUUGAAAGGACCUAAAGUAAAAGGAGAUUUGGAUAUUUCUGUUCCUAAACUGGAAGGAGAUCUGAAAGGCCCCAAUGUGGAUGUCAAAGGCCCUAAGCUGGAUGUAGACACUCCUGAUAUUGACAUCCAUGGUCCAGAAGGGAAACUUAAAGGUCCCAAGUUUAAAAUGCCUGACCUGCACCUCAAGGCACCCAAGAUCUCCAUGCCUGAAGUCGACAUGAAUCUGAAGGGUCCAAAGGUGAAGGGUGAUAUGGACGUUUCUCUACCCAAAGUGGAAGGUGACCUAAAGGGCCCUGAAGUUGAUAUCAAGGGACCCAAAGUGGACAUUGAUGUUCCAGAUGUUGAUGUUCAUGGCCCAGACUGGCACUUGAAGAUGCCCAAAGUGAAAAUGCCCAAGUUCAGCAUGCCUGGCUUCAAAGGAGAGGGUCCAGAAGUGGAUGUGAACCUGCCCAAGGCUGACAUUGAUGUCUCAGGACCCAAAGUGGACAUUGAAGGACCCGAUGUUAAUAUCGAAGGCCCAGAUGCAAAACUGAAGGGACCCAAAUUCAAGAUGCCUGAAAUGAACAUCAAAGCUCCCAAGAUCUCCAUGCCUGACAUUGACUUACACCUGAAGGGCCCCAAAGUGAAAGGUGAUGUGGAUGUUUCCCUGCCUAAAGUGGAAGGUGACUUAAAAGGCCCUGAACUUGACCUCAAAGGCCCAAGAGUGGACAUUGAUGCCCCAGAUGUGGAUGUUCAAGGCCCAGACUGGCAUCUGAAGAUGCCCAAGGUGAAAAUGCCCAAGUUCAGCAUGCCCGGCUUCAAAGGAGAGGGUCCAGAAGUGGAUGUGAACCUGCCCAAGGCUGACAUUGACAUCUCAGGACCCAAAGUGGACAUAGAUGUUCCCGAUGUGAAUAUCGAAGGUCCAGAUGCAAAACUGAAGGGGCCCAAGUUCAAGAUGCCCGAGAUGAACAUCAAAGCCCCCAAGAUCUCCGUGCCUGAUGUUGACCUGGAUUUGAAAGGACCCAAAGUAAAAGGAGAUUUUGAUGUGUCUGUCCCUAAGGUUGAAGGUACUUUCAAAGGCCCAGAAGUAGACCUUAAAGGUCCAGGUCUGGAUUUUAAAGGCCCUGAUGCCAAACUCAGUGGCCCAAAUUUGAAGAUGCCAUCACUAGAUAUAUCUGCCCCUAAAGUAACUGCUCCUGAUAUUGAUUUGCAUCUUAAGGCACCAAAAAUUGGUGUUUCUAGCCCCAAGUUAGAAGGUGGUGAACUGGACCUCAAGGGUCCCAAAGUUGACUUAGAAGCUCCAAGCUUGGAUGUACACAUGGAGAGCCCAGAUAUUAACAUUGAGGGCCCAGAUAUUAAAAUCCCCAAAUUUAAGAAACCCAAGUUUGGAUUUGGGGCAAAAGGCCCCAAGGCGGACAUCAAGUCACCUUCCCUAGAUGUGACUGUUCCUGAGGUAGAAAUGAACGUUGACACGCCUGAAAUCAGCGUUGGUGGCAAGGGCAAGAAAAGUAAAUUUAAAAUGCCCAAAAUUCACAUGAGUGGCCCUAAAAUGAAGGCCAAGAAGCAGGGAUUUGACUUGAACGUUCCUGGAGGUGAGAUCGAUGCCAGUCUCAAGACCCCUGAUGUAGAUGUCAAUGUUGUGGGGCCGGAUGCUGCACUUAAAGUUGAUGUGAAAUCUCCCAAAACCAAGAAACCUAUGUUUGGAAAAAUGUACUUCCCAGAUGUAGAAUUUGACAUUAAAUCACCCAAAUUUAAAGCUGAGGCCCCCCUUCCAAGUCCCAAAAUGGAGGGUGAAAUCCACGUACCUGAUUUGGAUACUUCUUCUCCGGGGAUUAAUGUGGAAGGUCCUCACAUCAAGUUGAAGGCUCCCAAGUUCAAGAUGCCAGGUGUGGAUGUCUCAGGGCCAAAAAUAGAGGGUGACUUGAAAGGCCCCAGGGUACAAGCAAACUUGGAUACACCUGACAUCAACAUCGAGGGCCCAGAUGCUAAAGUCAAAGCACCAUCUUUUGGCAUUUCUACCCCUCAAGUCUCCAUCCCCGAUGUGAAUGUGAACUUGAAAGGACCAAAGAUAAAGGGUGAUAUCCCCGGUGUGGGGCUGGAAGGUUCAGAUGUGGAUCUCCAAUGUCCAGAAGCAAAAAUCAAGUUCCCCAAGUUUUCCAUGCCCAAAAUCGGUGUCCCUGGGGUGAAAAUGGAGGGCGGGACUGCUGAGGUCCAUGCCCAGCUGCCCUCUCUGGAAGGAGGCCUGAGUGUACCAGAUGUGAACCUUGAAGGGCCUGAUGUGUCUCUGAAGGGGCCAAAAGUAGACUUGCCUUCAGUGAACCUCUCAAUGCCAAAAGUCUCUGGGCCUGAUGUUGACCUCAGCUUGAAAGGACCAAGUUUGAAGGGAGACCUGGGUGCAUCUGUCCCCAGCAUGAAGGUGCACGCUCCAGGGCUUAACCUCAAAGGUGUUGAUGGGAAGGUGCAGAUAGAAGGAGACGGGGUGAAAGUGCCAGGGAUUGAUGCCACGACGUCACUUAGUGUUCAUGCACCAGAUGUCAUGCUGAAGGGACCAAGCCUGCAAGGAGACCUGCAAGUCUCUGGUGACAUCAAGUGCCCAAAAGUCUCAGUGGGUGCUCCCAAUCUAAACCUGGAGGCAACCGAAGGAGGUAUUAAACUCCCCAAGAUGAAGCUUCCUCAGUUUGGCAUCUCGACUCCAGGGUCCGACGCAGACAUUAGCAUCAAGGGGCCGCAAGUGACUGGAGAAUUGAAGGGGCCAGGUGUGGAUGUGAACCUUGGAGGUGUCAACCUGAAAGGGCCUCAGAUUUCAGCCCCUCAGAUCUCAGCACCGGAUGUGGACUUUAGCUUGGAAGGACCAAAAGUCAAAGGUGAGGUGAAAGGCACCUCUCUCGGAGGAGGCCUUGGCGGCAUCAAUCUUCAGGGAGUAGAAGGAAGCCUCCAGAUGCCUGGAAUCAAGACCUCUGGAUGUGACGUGGAGCUGCCAGGUGUGACCAUGAAACCCCCAACUGGGCAGAUUUCUGGUCCUGAAACCAAAGGUGGUUUGAAAGGUUCAGGCCUAGGUUUCGAUGGGGCUGCCUCUGAUAUCAGCGUGAAGGGGCCUUCAUUUAACAUGGCAGCUCCUGGGUCAGAUUUCAGUGUCGGCUUGAAGGGCCCGAAAAUCAAAGGAGAUGUGGAUGUUUCUGGAGGUGUCGGUGCUCCAGGAAUCAGCCUAGACGAAGGGCAUGUGAGUGUCAAAGGUUCCGGAGGGGAGUGGAAAGGGCCCCAGGUCUCCUCUGCUCUCAACUUGGAUGCACCUAAGUUUGCUGGGGGACUUCAUUUCUCAGGACCAAAAGUGGAAGGCAGCGUGAAGGGAGGACAGAUUGGACUCCAGGGUCCCGGGCUGAGUGUGUCUGGGCCUCAAGGUCACUUGGGAAGCGGAUCUGGAAAAGUAGCCUUCCCCAGGAUGAAAAUUCCCAAAUUUACCUUCUCGGGCCGGGAGCUGGUUGGCAGAGAAGUAGGGGUGGAUGUUAACUUCCCCAAAGCAGAGGCCAGUGUCCAGGCUGGUGCCGCAGAAGGUGAAUGGGAAGAGUCCGAAGUGAAACUUAAGAAGUCCAAGAUCAAAAUGCCCAAGUUUAAUUUCUCAAAACCUAAAGGCAAAGGGGGUGUUGCUGGCUCGCCGGAAGCGUCCAUCUCGGGCUCCAAAGGUGAUCUGAAAAGCUCGAAGGCCAGCCUAGGCUCUCUGGAAGGAGAGACAGAGGGCGAAACAUCUUCUCCCAAAGCCAAGUUCUCCUUAUUUAAGAGCAAGAAGGCCCGGCACCGCUCAAACUCCUUCAGCGAUGAAAGGGAGUUCUGUGCAUCUUCAACCCCAACGGGGACUUUGGAGUUUGAAGGUGGGGAAGUGUCGCUGGAAGGUGGAAAGGUCACAGGGAAGCAAGGAAAGCUGAAAUUUGGUACCUUUGGUGGAUUGGGGUCAAAGAGCAAAGGUCAUUAUGAGGUGACCGGGAGCGAUGAUGAAGCAGGCAAGUUACAGGGGAGUGGAGUGCCCUUGGCCUCCAAGAAGUCCCGGCUGUCAUCGUCUUCCAGCAAUGACAGUGGAACCAAGGUUGGCAUCCAGCUUCCCGAGGUGGAACUGGCGGUUUCCACAAAGAAAGAGUAA